UUUGGACUGAGGUCAUCAUGAAUGCUGUUCUUGGAGGGAUUCUUUGUCUAUUCGUCCUGGUGGAAGGGAAUAGUGUGAAAAAGCAGGAUGACUCCGGGGAGCGCUAUGUGUGCACUGUACUCCCACCAGAUGCCCACCCCGGUUGUCCCAUGCCACCUGCUCCAGGAGCUCAGGAAGAGGAGCUUCGCAACACUAUCCUGCAGCUCCGGGAGACCAUCCUGCAGCAGAAGGACACGAUCGGGCAGCAGAAGGAGACUAUAAAGGAGCUGACAUCCAAACUUACCAACUGUGAAAGCCUGUCGGAGGGCACGGGGCAGGAUGGCAAGCAUGGGUCCUGGAGGAAAGGCUUUAGCAAAUCUGGAGGCAAAGACACCAUGGGGGAUCUACCCAGAGAUCCCAGCCAGAUCAUCGAUCAGCUCAGCCGCACCAUGCAGUCUCUGAAGGACAGGCUGGAGAAUCUGGAGCAUCAGUUGAGAUCCAAUGCGUCCUAUUCUGCCUUGCCUAAUGACCUUCGAGAGAUGCUUCAGAGAAAGCUGGGGGACCUGGAGCACCAGCUUUUAAACAAAGUAGCUGAACUUGAAGAUGAGAAAUCCUUACUUCACAAUGAGAGUGCCGCUCACAGACACAGGACGGAGUCGGCACUCACUGCUCUACUGGAAAGAGUUAAUGAACUCGAAAAAGGCACCAGCCCCUUUAAAUCUCCGGAUGACUUCAAGGUUUCCCUCCCUCUCCGUACCAACUACUUGUACGGAAGGAUUAGAAAGAGUCUACCGGAGCUGUAUGCGUUCACCAUCUGUAUGUGGUUGAAAUCCAGCGCCUCUCCAGGAAUCGGAACCCCAUUUUCUUAUGCAGUGUCCGGCCAAGCAAAUGAGAUCGUUCUGAUCGAAUGGGGGAACCAUCCUAUUGAACUACUGAUUAAUGACAAGGUUGCUCAACUCCCAUUUUCUAUUGGGGAUGGUAAAUGGCAUCAUAUAUGCAUAACAUGGACAACCAGGGAUGGAUUGUGGGAAGCAUUUCUGGAUGGAGAGAGGCUUGGCUCUGGGGAAAACCUUGCCCCUUGGCACCCAAUUAAACCAGGUGGAAUUCUCAUUCUCGGCCAGGAGCAGGACACAGUUGGCGGAAGAUUUGAUGCAACUCAAGCCUUCGUUGGAGAGCUGAGCCAGUUUAACAUAUGGGACCGUGUCCUAAAAGCAGAUGACAUCGUGAACAUUGCUAACUGCUCUACCUACAUGCCCGGAAACAUCAUUCCAUGGGUCGAAAACAACGUUGAGGUUUUUGGAGGGGCGACUAAGCUGCCUCUGGAACCUUGUGAGGAACGUCUGAAUGAUUUAUAGCUAAUGUGACCUAUCUUAUUGAGACAAUCUUUUAUGAGGCUAUUACUUGUAAAAUGCACUUAUUUCUUGAAAUAAAUUUUUGUAAACAACAAUCAGAAACAGUAGCUGGGAAAGAAAUAAUAUAUAUUCAUUGGCUGACUGGCAACAUUUUGGGAAAGAGUAGCGCAAAUCAUUUUUACAUGAAGGCAAUCGCCUUAUGCCCAAUGAGAAUCAAUGAAUAUAGCUACUUGUGACUAGUGAAAAAGUGGAUUCACUAUCUUGCGUGACUUGACGAGACGUCAUGCAUAGUGACCUAUAUCACUGAGAAAGUACCUUCAUUGAGUUGCGAUUUUAUACGCUUGGCCAGCCUGCCCAUGAAUAUGAAUGAACGUUCAUAGCAAUUGUCUUAAUUGAUGUAAAUAAGUCCGAGUAACCUUCCUAAAACAUGGUUUCUUUAAUCAGAUCCAACAUAACUUACUAAUUGUAGUAACCAUGUUAACCACUUUUUGUCAAUUGUUAAUAUGGUACUCUUUGAAAAAAAAAUUUACACUAUGGCUCAUAAAUUCCAAAUAAAUGGAGCAACCAAAUAGCAGACACUGGGGGUCAUUGAUAAAGAUAUUGCUAGUACAAGAAUGCCCAGGAUCACCAUUGCACAUAAUGAUACAUAAUGAAAUACAUUCCAGGCCUUUAUAAAUAUUUCUGAUUAAAGUUUGAUUUUUUUUUUUCUUAAAGAGAUUGCAACAAAUAUUUUUCCAUGAGAUGCAGUACUUUUUAUGGCCUAAAUAUGCACUUUUUGGUUCAUAGGUGUUCUAUGACUUUCUUGAAAGUUAUACACUGGUGCCAUUGUGGUUUUGGGACAUGGAACGCCUUUGUCAAUCACCCCCAAUGUUUUUUCUGUAUUAAUAUAUCUGAUUAUAAUAAUAAGUAAUAAUAUACCUGAUCCUGCAGACAAUUCUGUGUUUUGAUAGAUGGUUAACACUGGUUAAGACAAAUUUUUGGUCAACAAAGUAAUGUUUCAAAAUUCCCCUCUGAUCUGUUGCAUUUCUGUAUGAAACAAAGAAGGUUUAAAACUUUUACCAACAUGGAUGUGAAAUGGUUUCAAGUCCUUCCUCUCUAAUAAUAAUUUUUAAUAUUCAUUGUCUGGCGGUAUUAAUACUUAAUACGAGCUAUAAAUCUAUUAUAUUAUACAAACAUAAUUAAAUUAUUUUAACUCAAAAUAUAGUUUAUUCCCAGAAUAGCAUGAAAUUAUUUUUUUUCUUUUGCAUUCAUGCACUUAACCCUUUUCUAAGAAAGAAAGAUGAACAGAGAUAUGUAAUAUAAAAAAUAUUUCAGAAAUUAACAUUAUGGAAAAUAAUUAUUUUGUAUAAAUACAUUGUUUUGUUAAAACUAA